AUGUACAAUUACUCCAAUUCACAUAUUCCGAACGAUCCCAAUGCCUCGAAUAGGCCUCCUAUGCCACCUCCGCCAGGUGGCCAAUAUCAGCAAGGUGGACCGCCACACGGUUCUUCUCCUUAUCAACAACAUGGCGCUCCACAUCAACAACAGCCAUACGGGUAUGGCGCUGGCCAAAAUCAAUAUGGCCAACCUAGUCCACCAAUGCAUCCACCAGAUACACCGGGCAUGCUGUAUGGGUCGGGUGCUCCUGGUGGACAUGACGUUGGGGGGUUGGCUGCUGGUAUGGGCGGGAUGCAUCUAGGAGGAGCAGGGACGGAACAACAUGUAGCAGCUCAUGGGAAGAAGAAGAAAGCAAGAGCGUAUCAUACUGUGGACUCUACAUCAGCAAUGGGUACUAUGGAUGUUUCUCCGGCUGCUGGAUUUGUUCCUGGACCCCCUAUGCUGCCUCAUGAUGCUGGCUCGGGGUUCGUAACACCUGGUUUGCAAGGACAAGUGUCCCCAGGAUUCGGGCAACCACAAUUUAGCGCUCCUGCACCAUCUCCAUAUGUACCGUCUAGUGGUUUCCAAGCACCGACUAGUGGCUUCCAAGCACCGACCGGUCUCAGCGCACCUUCUGGUGGGCAAUUGGGGGAAUACAGCGCUGCGAUACACCCGCCUACCGGAUCCGGCCCAGGCGCACAGCACAGAGUCGAUCCCGAUGCUAUCCCAUCUAUACCCGAGGCUCGUGAAAGCGCCCAGAAGUAUGCCGAUUCGCAAAUAUACCCAACUCUGGAGCGCCACCAUCCUCCUCCCGCGACUACUGAUUUCAUGGCUCAUGAUCAAGGCAACUCUUCACCCAAGUUUGCCCGAAUGACCCUCAACAAUGUCCCUGCGAAUACUGAACUCCUCGCCCAAACUGGCCUACCUCUAUCUCUGAUCCUUACCCCACUUGCUGCGCAGAAGCCUGAAGAAGGUCCUGUACCGGUUUUGGAUUUCGGAGAUACUGGUCCACCACGUUGUCGCAGGUGUAGAACCUACAUCAACCCUUUCAUGCAAUUCACCGGCUCUGGUGCUAAGUUCGUUUGCAACAUGUGUCUCUUCCCUAACAACGAAGUUUCGCCAGAGUAUUAUCAGCCGAUAGAUGCCCAGGGGCGGAGGAUAGAUCGCGAUUCGAGACCAGAGUUAUCGAGAGGGACGGUGGAGUUCGUGGUACCUAAGGAGUACUGGGCUAAACCACCAACACCUUUACGAUACCUCUUUCUCAUCGAGACAAGCAAAGAGGCAAUUGAUAAAGGGUGGACACACGUUGUUGCGAAAUCGAUCAAGGCAGCCUUGUAUGACGGCGUUGAAGAGGAAGAAGGUGAACCUGAUGAGAACGGAGAGCCGACGACACAAAUCAAGGGUAGAAAGUUACCUAAGGGAUGUAGGAUUGGUAUUGUCACGUUUGAUAAGGACAUUGGAUUUUAUAAUUUGAGCCCGAAAUUGGAUACCGCACAACUCAUGAUGAUGACGGACCUGGAAGAACCGUUCGUUCCUCUUGAAGAUGGUCUUUUCGUCGAUCCAUAUGAAUCAAGGACUCAAAUUGAAGCUCUUCUCGAUCUUCUCCCAACCCUCCAUGAACACACCCGCGUUCACGAAACUGCUAUACUCCCAGUUCUUACAGCCGCAGUAUCUGCUCUAGAAGCUACUGGUGGCCGCAUAAUGUGCUGCAUGACUACCCUCCCCACAUUAAAAGUCCAUGGCAGCUUGGUUAUGCGUGACGACCCGAAUACACACGCAGGUGAAAAGGAACGUCAGCUCUUUAAAACAGACAAUCCUACUUAUAUCGCGCUCGCCAAGAAGCUUGUAGACAGUGGCAUUGGUAUCGAUAUGAUGCUUGGUCCUUCAACAUACAUCGAUGUAGCGACCCUUGGUCAUUUGUCAGCAACAUCAGGCGGAGACACCUUCUUUUUCCCUAACUUUGUGGCUACGCGCGACGGGCCUAAGGUUGAGAAGGAGUUUGCACAUGCGAUAACCCGCGAAAAUGGUUUCCAGGCAUUGAUGAAAGUUCGAUGUUCAAACGGCCUUCAGGUUAACUCUUACCACGGGAAUUUCUUGCAAAAGACCUUCCAAGGAGAUUUGGAGAUGGGUGCUAUCGAUGCUGAUAAGAGUAUUUCGGUUAUGUUUACGUAUGAUGGCAAGUUGGAUCCAAAACUAGAUGCGCAUUUCCAGAGCGCACUGUUGUAUACUACGGCUAGCGGAGAGAGAAGAGUCAGGGUGCAGAACAUUGUUGCAGCAGUCACGGAAGUUGGAAGGGAAGUUCUCCGCUUCGUAGACCAGGAGGCAGUUGUUUCGAUAAUCGCGAAAGAAGCUGCCAACAAGAUGGUUGACCGAAACCUUAAAGAUAUCCGCCAGAGUAUCACGGACAAGUGUAUCGAAAUCUUGGCUAAUUACCGCAAGCAUUUCUCGACCGGCACCCCUCCAGGCCAGCUGGUUCUUCCAGAAGGUCUGAAGGAAUUUGCAAUGUACAUGCUCUCUCUCAUCAAAUGCAGAGCAUUCAGAGCCGGUCCCAUUUCCAGCGAUAUGCGAACUCAUGCCAUGCGCCUGAUUAAGCAGAUGCCACCUUCCGAACUUAUGUCUUACCUUUACCCUAGAAUACUUCCUAUUCAUUCCCUUGAGCCUGAGCAAGGAUUCCCAGAUGCAACAACCGGUCUCCUCUCCAUUCCGACCCAAGUUCGUGCAUCCUUCUCGCGGAUUGAAGAGGGCGGGGCUUACCUCGUCGAUAAUGGUCAAACUUGUCUCCUAUGGCUUCAUGCAAACGUCUCUCCCAACCUUAUAGAGGACUUAUUUGGCGAAGGCAAACAGACCUUACAAGCACUCGACCCCUUCGCACCUGAAAUUAUCCCGGUAUUGGAAACACAUCUCAAUGCCCAAACUCGAAACCUAGUACGAUGGAUGGAAGAACGAAGGGCUGGCAGAAAGAUUACCAUCAUGCUCGCCAGGCAAGGCUUGGAUGGAAGCGAAUUCGAAUUCGCGGGUCUACUCGUCGAAGACCGAAAUAAUGAGGCGCAGAGUUAUGUUGAUUGGUUGGUUGCGAUACAUAGGAAUGUGCAGCUUGAGGUGUCUGGUCAGCGCAAAAAGGACGAUCAUUCAGACGAUUUGAGUGGCUUAACGGGACUACGCCCCGCUUACUGGUAG